AAACAAGAACAACACGCCAUACCAAACACACGCAAGAAAAUUUAAAAAAAUAAAACAAAGAUCGAUCGAGAAUGAGAAUUCGAAUUCCUCAGAGCUCUUUUCUUCUUCUUCUUCUUCUUCUCCUGGUUUGCUUCUUCAACAAUGGCGUCCAAGCCCAGAAUCUAAUCAACAAGACAUGCAAGAUUGCGGCGAAAGGCGACACGAACAUAAAGUACGACUUCUGCGUCACUUCCCUGCAAGCUGCUCCGGCCAGCCAAUGCGCCGCGCUCCGCGGCCUAGGAAUGAUCAACAUCAGACUCAUCCGCUACAACGUUACUGAUACGAGGUGCCGCAUAAAACAGCUGCUGAGGGAAAAGAAAGCGGCGCAGGAUCCGUACGUGAAGGGGUGCUUGGGUGAUUGCCUGGAGUUGUACUCCGACGCCAUUCCCAACAUCAAACAGGUUAUGAGGGAUUACAAUGCCAAGAAGUUCUUCGAGGCCAACAUCAAGGUUUCGGCCAUCAUGGACGCCGCCACCACGUGCGAGGACGCGUUCAAGGAGAAGAAGGGCGUGGGUUCGCCGUUAACCAAGAGGAACGACGACGUUGUUAGCUUGUCUGCCAUGCUUCUUUCUCUUAUGGAUAUGAUUCAAGCAGGAUCCGCAGUUUAAUUUAAUCAGAGUAUAUAUAUAUAUAUAUAUAUAUAUAUAUAGUAUAUGUUCACCUUUUUUCUUGUUCACUGUAGUAGUAUUAAUGUUUACCUAUAUAUAUUAUGCAAAAAUGUUACAGGGGAGUUUGUUAACCAACUUAGAUCAAUUAAGUUUUAUUACACCUUUCAAAUCCAAGUAAGCCAUAUAGUGAGA